AUAACUGGUUCGCUCCGCGCGCAGCCAGGCGGCUGCGCGACCUCACCGUCGUUCGGUACUAUGUAGGAUCUCUAAGUUCUCCAUUGACUCGGUCACCAACGGAUGCGAAUCCGUGUCGUGUCGACUUCGGUUUAGAGAACAUUAAGGCGACACCAAAACUGAAUCCAGUUACAUGCAGUUGUAAGUUGGGACAUCACAAAAAGCAAGCAGGAUUGUGUGUUUUCCUGCAAUACUAACAACCACUCGCUCUGUUUUGUUUUUCCAUUUUUCCCCCAAAGCAACACCUCUAAUUGUCAAAACCACCAUAGCCCAAUUAUAGAAAAGAAACCCCUUGAUGGUUAAGGAGGGAAACGGAGGAACAUUGGCGGUUCAUUCCCGAAAGUUUAGGACUUUGAAUAGGAAUUGAAGCAGAAUGUCCUCAUGAAUUCCUGAAACAACAAUAGAGGAUCGACCCGCCAUGCCGAGCAAGCUGAAGAAGGCGAUCGGGGCCGUGAAGGAUCAAACAAGCAUAAGCCUCGCCAAGGUCGGCAACACCAAUGCGUCCAUCCUCGAAGUCACGGUCCUCAAGACCACCUCGCAUGAGGAGGUCCCCAUGGAGGAGCGUCAUGUGGAUGAGAUCCUCAAGCUGAUCGCCUCGAACAAGGUCUACGCAGCGACCUGCGCGCAGCUGCUCGCCAAGCGCAUCGGCAAGACCCGGAAUUGGAUCGUCGCGCUCAAGUCCCUAAUGCUAGUCCUCCGGAUCUUCCAGGACGGCGACCCCUACUUCCCCAGGGAGGUGCUCCACACGAUGAAGCGCGGUGGCAAGAUCCUCAACCUGUCGAGCUUCCGUGACCACUCAAAUUCGAGCCCGUGGGACUACACUGCCUACGUCCGGACAUUCGCACUCUACCUCGAUGAGCGAUUAGAUUGCUUCCUCAUGGGGAAGCUGCAACGGCAGGUGGCGUACCGGAAGAGGGAAAACGAGCAGCUCGUGAACAGGAGAGCAACCGAGCCAAUCAUUAGGGAUAUGAAGCCCGGAAUGUUGCUCGACAGGAUCACUUAUUGGCAGAGACUGCUUGAGAGGGCCAUUGCCACAAGGCCAACAGGCUCGGCCAAGGGCAACAAUUUGGUUCAGAUCUCACUCCAUGCCAUUGUUCAGGAGAGCUUUGAUCUGUACAGAGACAUAUCUGAUGGCCUUGCACUGCUCUUGGAUAGCUUCUUCCAAUUGCAAUACCAGACUUGUGUCAGUGCCUUCCAAACAAGCAUCAAGGCCUCGAAGCAAUUCGAAGAACUAUCAUCUUAUUACAGUUUGUGCAAGAACUUGGGGGUCGGUCGGACAUCUGAAUACCCGAGCGUGCAGAAGAUAUCCGAUGAGCUCAUCGAGACAUUGCGGGAGUUCUUGAAGGACCAGGACUCGUUCCCGGCUAGUGGGAGGAUGUCAUCUCCGCAGAUGCUCCUUCCCGCGACGCCAGGCAGCGGGAAGGAUUCCAGUGCAACAUCCGAGCAGUUUGGUUCCUACGAAUGCUCUGAGACCUCAGAGCACACGGAGGGAUUUUCCGAGAAGGGUUCCGAGUUCAGCUCGCAGUGCAAGUCCCCAGAGGACGUGACAAGUGUGACGGAUGUGGGGACUAGCCCAUCGAUCACAUUCGAGCAAGAAAUUAAGAUUGAACAAUUCAAGAAGCAACCGGAUCAAGAGGACAGCGUGAACACCAACACGGGUACACAUUCGCCGCAUUCAUCAUCAACAGAUCCUCAAGAAACAAGUUCAACAGCAACUUUUGUAUCUUUCGAUGACUGGCCACCACAAGAAGUACCACAUCAAGAGCAAGGACAGCACAAUUCAAGACCAAAUCGUAAAAAUAGUUCAAGAGAUUGCUGGGAGCUAGAAUUGGCUAUGACAGCAGGACAAGUGCAACCAAAUGUGAAUGCUACGAUUCCCAAUGAUUCAGGAUCAGCCUCCACCACUGUGAUUGAUCUUUUCCGCGACGCCCCAAUUCCUAGUUCUCAAAAUAAUCCAUUUCUGCAGGACACAGCUGCAUCAAGCGCAACAGUGCUGGCAUCCACCGCAGCCUCCGGCGAGGCUUUCCAUUCUGGCACUGAUCUGUUCUCAGUUGCUCCCACCUUCCAUGCUACACCAAAACUGACUACCGGCGCACAAAAUCCAAAUGCGAAUGCAGUUACAGCACAAAUCGAGAACGAUCCAUUCACGUCAAGCUUCGAAGUGGUGGCCAGUGGACAGAGGUCUGAUGGAUCCACUAACCAAGAAAACUUGCGGUAUGAGCAACAGUUGUGGUUGCAGCGCCAGAACAAGAUCAUAGCAAAACAUAUGAAGUAGCCGUGUACGUUGCCGACAAGUUUGUGUAUAUAAUCACAGGACGAUACUUAGCUCAUCUUAGUUGUGGUCUAACCGAUUACGUUAUUUCCUUU